AUGGAUUCCAAGACCGUCCGCCACGACGAGAUGGGGCGAUUUUUGCAGAGAAUGCACGAUGCGAGCCUUUUCGUCAUCGUCACGUUCGGUAAAGAAUUAGUAAGCGGGCAAGAAGUGCUCUGGUCUGCAGUGGCCGACUCGAGUUCGGUGUUUGUACCUGCUUCAUGGAUCGCUGUAUGUCUUAAUUACGCCAAGUAUCCCGUCCUGAUUCGGGCUGAACUCCGCUUCCCAAAAACACGAACGCCGUGGUGA